AUGGCGCAACGGCAAUCGCUGGUCGAUGGCCAAGAGCUUGUGUCCUUUCACGCUCAGGCAAUUGCCUGGACUCCGGAAACUGUCAGGCAGGCCCUUGAGGCAGAAGUCAAGCGGAACUGCUGCUGGAGCGAUGAGCCCGUGCGAGACAUGGAGAUCCGCCAGCUGACGCAAUCAGACCUGUGGUAUGUCAAGCUGACCUCGUGCGUGGAGACACGCUCCAUGGAGGAAAAGAAGGAGAUUUACCAGGGCGGGGAGGUAGACAAGGAGGGCACGCCACCCGACGAGUGGAGUAUGGAGGUCACGCCCCCGGAGCCCUUCCAAGAAAUGACAAAGUGUUACAGAGUGCCGCACUCGGAUGUCAUCAGCCAGUGCGAGGAGUGUGAUGGCCGGGGCGACGUAGCCUGCAAGCGAUGCGAUCGGAAGGGCUGGUGGUGGUGUAAGAACUGCAAGGGCGAAAAGCAGAUCUGGUGCGAGGAAAGCAGUGACAGCAGCUCCAGCGAAGCUGGUGGCAAAGGGGAAGAUGCCGAUGGCAAAGGCAAGGGAAAGGACGAUGGCAAAGGUUACAGAAGUUCCGUUGAAGGCAAAGGGGAAGAGCCCGAUGGCAAAGGAAAGGGCAAGGAGGACGGGAAGGGCUACAGAAGUUCCUUUGAAGGCAAAGGGGAUGAGCCCGAUGGCAAAGGCAAGGGAAAGGAGGAUGGCAAAGGCUACAGAAGUUCCUUUGAAGGCAAAGGGGAUGAGCCCGAUGGCAAAGGAAAGGGCAAGGAGGAUGGGAAGGGCUACAGAAGUUCCAUUGCAGGCAAGGGGGAAGAAGCCGAUGGCAAAGGAAAAGGCAAGGAUGAGGGAAAAGGCUACAGAAGUUCAAAAGGCUCAGCGCAGCUCGGCAGUCUUUAG